AGCCUUCAUCCAUCCAUCAAUCAGCGUUAAUCAUUGCGGCAAAUCAAGCUGCUAAGUAACCAGGCAACAGACAAAUGGCCGCGAAUCCGAACGAAGCACUUUUCAAUCGCCCCGGCCCGAAUCGCCUGAGGCAAUCGGAGGUCUAUCGCACCACCGAUCCCGAAGAGGCCGUCAAGAUACGCAUGCAGAAGGAGGGUCUCGGCGCCGAGGAACCCAUCUCCAUACCCGGCCUACUGAAGCGCACCGUCAACAAUUUUCCCGACUAUCCGGCUCUGCGCUUCAAGAACGGCAAAAAUGGCUACACCACAGUUACCUAUAAGCAAUACGAACAGAAGGUGCACCAGACGGCGAAGGCUUUCAUUAAGCUGGGCCUGCAGGAGCAUCAUUCGGUGGGCGUGUUGGCUUUUAACUGCGCCGAAUGGUUCUACUCGGCAAUGGGCGCCAUUCACGCCCGCGGCAUCAUUGCCGGCAUUUAUACCACCAACUCGGCAGAGGCUGUGCAGCAUGUGCUGGAGAAUUCGCGUGCCCAAAUUGUUGUCGUGGACGAUGCCAAGCAAAUGGACAAAAUUCAUUCGAUACGCGACAAAUUGCCCAAUCUGAAGGCAGCCGUACAGAUCCAGGAACCCUAUGCGCCCUAUCUGAAAAAGGAGGAUGGCUACUAUAGGUGGUCCGAGAUUGAGGCGAUGAAUGUGGAAGAUGUGGAGGAUGAGUACAAGCGUCGCUUGGAGAACAUAGCGAUCAAUGAGUGCUGCUGUCUGGUCUAUACCUCCGGCACGGUGGGCAUGCCCAAGGGCGUGAUGCUCUCCCACGAUAAUAUUUCGUACGAUACGCGCGGCAUUGGCAAGGGCCUGGAGAAAAUCGUCCCGGGUGCGGAGUGUAUGGUCUCCUAUUUACCGUUGUCUCAUGUGGCAGCGCAGGUUGUCGACAUUUAUACGAUCGCCUCGUUCGGCGGUUGCAUUUGGUUUGCCGAUAAGGAUGCGCUGAAGGGAACGCUGGUCAAGACGCUGCAGGAUGCGCAUCCGACCCGGUUUAUGGGCGUGCCGCGUGUCUAUGAGAAGUUCCAGGAGCGCAUGGUUGCGGUCGCCAGCUCCAACGGCAGCUUUAAGCGAAUGCUCGCCGGCUGGGCCAAGGACGUUUCGCUAAAACAUUAUAUGGAGAAUCAGGGCAAGAGCAGCGGAGGCUUCCGCUACAAGAUUGCCAGGUCACUCAUCCUGUCCAAGGUGAAGGCUGCGCUGGGCUUUGAUCGUGUGAUCAGCCUGGUGACUGCUGCGGCGCCCAUGUCCCCAGAGACCAAGAAAUACUUCCUCAGUCUGGACAUGAAGAUAUUGGAUGCCUUCGGCAUGUCCGAAACCGGCGGCUGUCACACGCUCUGCCUGCCGGACUCGACGCUCUUGAACUCGAUUGGCAAAUCGUUGCCGGGCUGCGAAUCGAAGAUCAUCAAUCAGGAUGAGAAUGGCCACGGUGAGCUGUGCAUACGUGGACGCCAUGUGUUCAUGGGCUACAUUGCCAACAAGGAGAAGACGGAGGAGUCCCUGGACGACGAUUGCUGGCUGCACACGGGCGACUUGGGCUACAUCGAUGACAAGGGCUAUGUGAUGCUGACAGGCCGCUCCAAGGAGCUGAUCAUCACAGCCGGCGGCGAGAAUAUUCCACCCGUGCACAUUGAGAACAUCAUCAAGAAAGAAUUGGACGGCAUCUCCAAUGCCUUCCUGGUGGGUGAGCAGCGCAAAUAUUUAACUGUGCUGGUUUCCAUUAAGACCGAGGUGGAGCGCGAGACUGGCGCACCCACGGAUGAUCUGACGCACGAAUCGAUUGCCUGGAUGAAGUCGCUGGGCGUUGAGUACACGAAGCUCAGUGAAAUUCUGGCAGCCGGUCCUUGCCCCAAAGUCCUGAAGUCCAUCGAGGAUGGCAUCAAGCGCGCCAACAAACAAUCCAUCUCGAAUGCCCAGAAGGUGCAGAAAUUCGCCAUACUGCCGCACGAUUUCUCGAUAGCCACCGGCGAGCUGGGACCCACUCUGAAGGUCAAGCGCAAUGUGGUCAACAAAAUGUACGCGGAUCUCAUCGAGACCCUAUAUGCCUAAGAAACGAUUCCACGUUUGGCUGUGAAACCAAAUCAAAUUGAAAACAAAACCAACCCGAAAAUCAA